AUGUCCUUAACGUUACUAUUAGAGAAAUAUGAUGUUUCUACAGAGGAAGGUUUACAGAAAGCUUUGAAUGAAAUUGAAAAAGAAGAGUGUGAAGUGAAUGAGGCCUUAUCCAGUGCUCUGUCUCGCGCCUGCACUUUAGAAGGACGACUGCGUUCCGCUAGUCAGGCUUACUCGAAAUUAGGAGAAGUCAAGAACGAUGCUCAGGUAGCGGCCGACAUGGUAGAUAAGACUGCUGCUUUAGCGAGAGAUGUUAGUGCUAAAGUGAGGCAGCUGGACCUUGCUAGAUCCCGUGUUGCUGAAUGUCAGCGGAGAGUCCACGACCUCAUAGACCUCAGGGUCUGUAGUGCGGGUGUUGAAGCGGCCAUCAAGGCUCAGGAUUAUGAAACUGCUGCGGCACAUGUUUCUCGUUUCCUGAGCAUGGAGCCGGGGUCAGUGGCCGCCGCGAGGGCCAGGGGUCCCGACCCAAGGACUGACAUGGACGCCGCCGCCCGCACGCUGAGGGAUCAGCUACGGAUCAAGUUUGAAGAGGCUGCGAAGAUAGAAGACGACGCGUCCGUGGAGAGACUGUUCAGACUGUUCCCUGAGAUAGGACGCGCCGAGGAGGGCGUGGAGCUGCUCACACGACACCUCGCCGCACAGCUGGAGGCGUCCCUCCGCCGCGCCGGCCAGUCCCGCAGUGGAGGCGCCGUGUUCGCCGACACGCUGACCAGAGCCCUGGAGACCGCCGCGGCGACCGUGGAGCGACUCCGGAGACUGCUCCCGCCACACGGACACAUGCUGCUCGUACAGGGACUGAGAGGGCUCCAGCCGACCGUGUGUUCGUCCGUCCGUCGUAUAUGGAGCGAGCUGGCGCCCCGGCCCCGGUUCCGCCCACCACAAGACAAGCCCGACCCGCUCCGCCUGGAGCCCGCGCUGUCGGAGCUGGCGCUGGCUCUGUCCAGGAUGCAGCUGUACUUCAACUUCCUGAGACGUCGACCCGAGGUCACAGUCAACGAACACGACCCCAGCCUGUCGGAGGAGGCGCGCGCGGAGAGCGUGCGGGUCAUUGACCGGAUGAUAGCUGAGAGCGACAUGACGCUCACCGCGCAGGAACACCUGGCGCACUACCUCGAACUGGAGAGGUACUUCCUGGAGGAGAGCGUCAACAAGGCCAUCAAGCUGUCCGCCGGAGAAGACAGCGGCGCCGGGCUCGUGGACGACGUGUUCUAUAUAACGAGGAAGGUCAUCAGGCGAGCGAUAUCCACGGGCAGCGUGGACGGGAUGUGUGCCGUCAUGAACGAGGCGGGCGCGCAGCUGGAGCGGGCGGCGCGGGCGCUGCGCAAGGGUCUGUCCGUCACCCCGCACGACGUGCUGCCGCUAGCGCCGCCCCGCACCACGCCCGCGCCCGCGCCGUCCGAGGCCGAGCUGUACCUGGCGCACCUGGCCGAGGCCGAGGCGGGCGCCGAGUGGACCGAGCGGCUCGCCACCGAGGCCUGCGUGGAGGCGGAGGCGGCGGUCCGCGCGUCCGCCGGCGCCUGCGACAAGCUGCGCUCGUGUGCGGCGGGCCUGUCGGGCGCCGCGGCCUCCUUCCGCGCCGUCACGGAGCUGGGCGUGUCCUCACUGCGGGCGGCGCUGCUACCGGCCGUCACCGCCUGGGCGGACGCGCUCGUGGACCCGGACUCGGACGUCGAUGAGAUGUGUGUUACAGACGAGCUAUCGGAGGAGGCGGGUGCGCUGCCGGCCGCCCUGGACACGCUGGCGGACACGCUCCGCGGACGACUGGCGGCGGCCGGGGACCUGCUGCUGGCCGGGCUCAUGGACGACCUGCUUACACGAGCACACAGGACGAUGCUCAGGAACACAUACGACAGGCGCGGCGGGCUGGCCACAGAGCGUCGUUGUCGCCGCGUGUCCCUGUGGGCGGGUACAGGAGCCCCGUCGGUCCGGGAGCGCGCCCGGUCCCUGAGCGCGGCGGCUGCGCUGCUGUCCCUGGAGCGACUGGAGCACGCGCCGGACGCUCUGCCGCCCGCCGCGCUCACACCCGCCGCCGCCAGGGACGUGCUGGCUAGGAGAUCCGACUUCAAGCUGGAGGACAUCAAGCGUUUGAAACUGUGA